AUGCUCGCGCUGCUGCUGGCGGUCGGCGGCGGCGGCAGCGGCGGCGGCGGCGCGGCGGCCGCGCGCCACGCCGCAGGGCCGGCGGCGGUGGUUUCGGCGAUGAAUUGGUGCGCGGCCAACGCGGCGCCACCGCCGGGCGAGGCCGGGCCGCCCGCUGGCGCGGGCGGCGCGGCGGCCGGCGGCGGGGGCUUUUCCAGCAAUCACAGCUUCUACGGCGCUGGCGGCGGCGGCGGCGGCGUGGGCGGCAGCGCGUUCGCCGCCAACGGCAGCGGCGCGGCUUCCUUCAGCGUCGACGCGGAGGAGGAGGGCGCGGGCGCGGCCGGCGCCGGCGCCGCCGCUGGCGCCCGCGCCCCCGCGUCGCGCUACGCAUUUGGCUCGGCUGGCGGCGCCGCUUUUGGCGCGUUCCGCGGCGGCGGCGCGGCGUUCUCGACCGGCGCCGCCGGCGCCGCGCGGCGCAGCUUCAGCUUCAGCCCCGGCGGCGGCCUCGCACGCGGCGCGCUCGGCGGCGGCGCCGGCGCGGGGCUGCUACUAGAGCUCGCCAGCGGCUGCCUGGCGGCGUACGUGCGGCGGCUGAGGCGUCAGGGGGUGCAGGCUUACCUCGGCAUCACGACGCCCCAGAUCAUGCUGACAGGCAUGGAGCGCACGCGGUCGCACAACCUCGGCCGCGCGCCCGACCCCGCCGCCGCCGCUGCGGCGCGCGCAGGCGAGGCGGAUCGCACUGCGGCAGCCCUGCUGUCGGUCGCCGCGCGCCUCGUCUCCGCCGGCGCCGUCGCGCCCGAGCAGGCGUGCGCGACGCCGGGCCUGCUGCGCGCGCUCGGCGGCCUGCUGCAGCUGCAGCUGCCGCACGCGGCAGCCGCGGCCGCGGUCGGGCCGGGGGCGCUGCCGUCGUGCGAGGGCGCGCUGCAGCUGCUGGAGGCGGUCGCGCGGCAUGGCAGCCGCGUGACGGUCGCGGCGCUCGUCUUCCGCGCCCCCGGGCUCACCGCCAGCAUCGAGGCCGCCGCCGCCCCCGCCGUCGCCGCCGCCGCGGCGGCCGCGCGGCUGCGGCGAGCCGCGAAAGCGGCCCCCGGGGACGGCAGGCAGCAGCAAGAGCCGGCCUCCCCCCGCGCGGCCGCCGCGGCGCUGGCGGCGCUCCCGAAGCCCCCGCCGCUCGCGGCAGCUGCGCGGCGGCUUCUCGCGCAGGUCAGGCGCGACUUCGAAGACAUUUUGGGCGCCGGCCAGAGCGACGGCGAGGGCGACGGCGACGGCGAGUCAGCGUAUGACUACUCCCUCUCGUCAGACCAGGGGGGCGCUGACAGCGCGGGAUCCUAUGGUGGCGCCGAGGAUUCUAUGGGGCCAGCGGAGGUGUGCUUCGUCUGCGGCAAGGGCGAGGCCGAGGGCGUGCGGCUGCGGCCGUGCAGCGGCUGCAUGAAGCCGGGGCUCAGGCUCUGCUCCAAGGUCUGCUCAAUGGAGGCGUGGCGCGCCGGCCACAGGGACGAGUGCGAGAAGCUGCAGCAGCAGCGCGCGCAGCGCGUCGAGGCCGCCGAGCGGGGCGCGGCCGACCUGGCUGCGCGAGCUGCCGCAUCGUAA